UGGACGGUAUACGAACUGCGAAAACGGAGCCGGUGUGCUGUUUUUGUUUUGACAAAAAACCGUCAUGUUUCUUCAAAAAAUAUCCUGACUUAUUUGCCAUACUUUAGGCUGAAUACGUUGAAUAAUGUUUACCAAGUUUGCUGCGGCCCUGCACCAUGCAGUUGAAGUGACUUUGGGCGAUUCAGAUCAUCGGCUUGCACCGACUCAAACACUCCUUGAAGAUUUCACUUUCCACUGGAAGGCCACUACGCAUUACUUUAACAACAGUAAAGAUGACAAGAAACCGGUACAAGAGAGCAACAUCCCAUCUCACCUUGACAACAUGCUGGCCUUGUUGACUCAAGAAGAACUGCAGAUGGAGGAUAAUCAGACAGGGCCCUGCAUGGAGUACCUCUUACAAAACAAGAUACUGGAGAUGUUACACAUUCUAGGCAAAGCGGAUUGCCCUCCCGGCAUGAAGCAAGUCGUCUUGAUGUUCUUCCUGAAUCUUCUUGGCAAGAUACGGCAACCUCUUCUUCCCCACGUCAACGUCUACAAACCUGUUCAUAGAUUAAUCAAAGUGUGUGGUGAAGUCCGAGCGGCUCCGACCGAGAAAGAAGAGAUUCAAUUCCUGUGUACUGUGUGUUCCAAACUUAAAGAAAGUCCCUACUUGGUCAACUUCUUCCUAGAGCUUCCAAGACAGAAUAAUAGAAAAGGUCGGAGUAGCUCGUCUGGAAGUAGCAAGUCUAGUGUUGACGAUCUUACACAACCAGAGUUCAGUCUGGUCAACUCACUUGUAUCCCUCGUGCAAAGUCCAGAUAGCAGAAUAGCAGUGAAGGCAUGCGAGGGAUUGAUGUUAUGUGCUACCCUACCAGAGAAGCACGCUGCUCAGUGUAUUGUGGAUCAUACUCAGUUCUGUACUCUACUUGCCGAGAGACUCUGUACCCUUUAUAACGCUCUUCCAUUAUCCAUGGAUCCUGUGGAUGUUGAUAGCGUGGAGGCAAAGUGGGGUUUAUACAUGUCAAGCGAUGGGGAGGACACCAACAAGUUCCCUGGUAAACGACAGCUCAUCUCAUUACUGUCAUGGUACGAUUACUGCGAUCAGGUGAUCGUUGAGGCGCAUCCAAUCGUUGCUCGGGCGUUAGCCAAGCAGAUCAAGGAGCGAUUCCUGGUCCCAAUCAUGGAGCAGCUCUUAUUGCAAUCGUCGGAGGUCGGCAUCUUGACCAGCACAGCACACUUGGUCAAGUUUGUCAAGAUGACUUCCUCCCCCGCUCUCCUUGAUGUACUGGUUAAGUUCAUCCUAUGUGAAGACACACAGCCAGAGAAGCCGGGGGAGGGAGGCAGCAAGCUGAGACAGCGCCUGAUAGAGAGAUGUGAUCAUUUAUCUGACGAGAUCUGUAUAAUGUCACUGAAGCUGUUUGAGACGCUAUUCUGCAAAUCCAAUCGUCACAUCAUUACCAACCUUGUUCUCCGUAACCUCCUAUCUCGCGGCUACCACAGCCGGUCCGGACACUCGGAACCCAACAGUGACCAGGGGUCAAGUAACAGUGCCUCAAGCGAUAGCGGAGUAGACACAGCAAUAAGCAAUGGACCGAAGAGUCCUGGUGUCGAGCCUGCCUCCCCCAUGAGGGACGGUGAGGCGCCCUCGGUGGCAGAGGCAGUAACAGAAGAAGUAAAGGCGACCCCGCUCUCUCCGUCAGCAUCUUUGUCCGAUUCAGAAGCAGAUGAGCAGCCUAGUAUUCACAAGAUUGUCAAUAGUUUCCUGAAUCUGAUGCCCGAUGAAGCAAGAUCGUCUUAUCUUACUGGUGACAUUGGUUACGACAUGUACCUCAGAGAGGCCCAUAGACUGUUCCGUGAGUGUACAGUGAACUGUCUUCCCUACGAUUGGCAGAACUACCCAACACCUUUAGAGCGUUGCUCCAAUGAUGCAUUUUACGAAGGUGCCUUUCUGAAAAUUCUCUUUGACAAGCUGUCAAGGAUGUUGGAUCAGACGUACGAGGUCAACUUACAGGUGACCUCACUCCUCUCCAAGAUCUGCCUGUUCCCUCAUCCACAUAUCCAGGAGUUUUUCUUGGAUCCAUAUCUACCCAGUGCCCCUGGCUGCAGAACACUACACACGGUCCUAACAAGAGUAAUAGCAGACCUUACCUCUCGGAUCAAGUCAAUUCCAGACUUCCAGAAACAGGUCUGCGUGGUAAGGAAACAACUGAUGGGGAUGGUAGAGGAAGACGAUAGAGGCAAGAAAACAAUAGCACCCAUUAUGAACUUGCCAUACAUAGAUCUUCUAGAAGGUGUGAUCGUUCUGGAAGAAUUCUCCAAGGAACUCGCAGCAAUUGCAUUUGUCAAAUUCCAUGCAGCCAGCGGACGAACAUAGUGGAGUGUGUACAGGAGUUUGCGCCCCCUUCGGUAAAUGCUCAAAAUAUUUGUUUGUGCAAAUUGGAGACAUUUGGACACUAGGUGGCAGUAGACUUACCACUGUGUUAAAUGUGUUGUUCUUGGAAAUGUGCCCAUGCUCGGAACAAUGGCCAUUUUCGAAACCUUUGCUUCCGCUUCAGGCUCCGCCCUCUCAUCUGAAGCCCUGAGCGUGUAUGCAAAGUACUCGCAAUGUUAAAGCUCAAUUUUGUUUGUACAAACCUUGGUUCCUCUGUUUGAAGGAUUCAUUUUGAGAUUAUUUUACUGAAGGAAUGCUCCGUUUGAGAUAUGACAGUUUUGUAAACCAAUCUGAAAUUUAGAUAGAUCAAACACAUAAUAUAAGUCGAGACAAAACUCAGAAUAUAAGAAAGAACAAUGGAGAUUAAGUUGGGCCAUUUUCGACAUUGCGGUUAGGGCUACAGCUUAGUACAGUUUCCAGCCAUAAUACCACGCCUUAUUUACAAUUUGUGAUUGGUAUUGGUUCAUUUCUGCUCAAGCAGCUCUACGACACCAGGCCCUGGUCAUGAAACCAAGAAUGCUUAAAGGCAGAGGACACUAUUGGUAGUUACUCAAAAUAAUUAUUAGCAUAAAACCUCACUUGGUAACGAGUA